AUGGCUAACUAUUACCAAGUGCUGGGCGUCCGGUCCAGCGCCUCCCUGGAGGACAUCAAGAAGGCCUACCGCAAGCUGGCCUUGCGCUGGCACCCCGACAAGAACCCCAGCAACAGGGAGGAGGCCGAGAAGAAGUUCAAGCAGGUAUCCGAGGCCUACGAGGUCCUGUCUGAUGCCAAGAAGCGCUCUCUGUAUGACUGCAAAGGUGACGGCUGGCGGGCUGGGGGCGGGGCCAGCACCCCCUACAGCAGCCCCUUCAACAGCGGCUAUACCUUCCGUAACCCUGAGGACAUCUUCCACGAGUUUUUCGGUGGCCUGGACCCCAUCUCCUUUGAUUUCUGGGACACCCCGUUCAACAGUGGCUGCACUGGCCGGGGUCAUGGCCUGCGGGGGGCCUUCUCGGCCAACUUUGGUGAGUUCCCGGCCUUCACAGAGGCCUUCUCAUCCUUCAAUACCCUGGGCCACAGAGGCAGGGGCACUGGCCACACCACCUUCUCGUCCACCUCCUUUGGGGCCUCUGGUUCUGGCAGCUCAGCCUUCAAGUUGGUGAUGUCGUCCACUGCAAUGGUCAACGGACACAAGGUCACCACCAAGCGCAUGGUGGAGAAUGGGCAGGAGCGUGUGGAGGUGGAGGAGGACGGGCAGCUCAGGUCGGUGACCAUCAAUGGCAAGGAGCAGCUCAGAUGGGUGGAGGGCAAGUAA